AUGUCCGGGUUCGGCAACGCCAUCGCAUUGCUUUUCAAGCUACGGUCCAAGCCCCAGACUGCAAGCACGAUAGCAAACGCCCGACAUUCCGUGGCGCAUGCGAAGCUUGGCCGCUCAGACCUGGUGCUUGGGUCCUCAAAACAUACUCGCGUAUAUGGUUAUGGCAGCUAG